AUGGCAUUACCUAAGCAGCUUGAAGUAGGUAGCAGUGCUAAAGAUGUGGUAGAUAAGGAAGCCAUAGAGCGAGUGUCUGUGAAUUCACAGCAAGCUUUUCACAGAGUGCAAAUGUUACAUAGGCAUCAUAAAUUCUCCAUCAUUGCUUUGAUGGAACCAUUUCAGCAUUUUAGAGACAUUCAAAGAUUUAGAAGGAGAUUGGGCAUGAGAUAUGCACAUCAUAACUGCAAUGGUAAAACUUGGUUCUUUAUAAAUGAUAAUAUAGAUGUAGAGGUAAUUCAAGAUACAGAUCAACAGAUCACAGUUAAGCUAAGUUUUCAGGAGGAUAAUAAGAUUCUUAUGACUACUAUGAUUUAUGCAAAGUGUGAAGCAUUAGAAAGAAUUAAUCUUUGGGAUAACUUGUAUAACCUGGCUGAUCAAAUGAAAGUGCCCUGGCUUGUGGGAAGGGAUUUCAAUGUCAAUAUGAAUAAAGAUGAGAAAAUAGGGGGUCUGCCAGUUUAUCCAUAUGAGUAUGAAGAUUUUGCAUUCUGUGUGAAUUCAUGUGAACUAUUUGAAGUUCCUUUUAAAGAGAGCUUAUUCACAUGGUGGAAUGGUAGAGCUGAGGCUGUGAAUCAAGGGUGCAAAACUGAUUUUGAAGCAGAUGAACUCAUUACUUUUAAACUGAAGCUUAAAAAAGUUAAGUCUGUUCUAUCAGAAUGGAGUAAAGCUACUUUUGGGGAUAUCUUCAAGAAGCUGGUAGUAAGGGAAGAUAUUGUGAGAGUUAAAGAACAACUUUUUGAAGAUGAUCCUUCUCUUGCAAACAGGAUGGUACUCCAACUAGCACAAGCAGAAUUAAAGAAGUAUAUGCAUUAUGAGGAGGAGUUCUGGAGAAAAAAAUCUCAUUUUACUUGUUUUUCUGAGGGGGAUAGGAAUACAAGGUUUUUCCACAAUAUGGUAAAGGGAGAAAAUCAAAUACUUACUAGCAUGCCAACUCUAGAAGAUGUUAAGAAUGCAGUUUUUUAUCUGUCAGGAGAUAGCUCAGGUGGCCCAGAUGGUAUGAUAGGAGCGUUUUAUCAAGUAUGCUGGGAAAUUAUGGGGGCUAAUGUGUAUAAUGUUGUGAAAGUCUUCUUUGAAGGACAAACUUUGCCAAAGUCCAUAACUCAUACAAAUCUGGUUUUGAUCCCAAAGAAGAAUAAUGUUGAGACCUUUGCAGAUAUGAGGAACAUAAGUCUAAGCAAUUUUAUUAACAAAGUGAUCUCUAGGGUGGUGCAAAAUAAAAUUGAAAAUGUUUUGUCUUCUUUGAUAUCUGCUAAUCAGUCUGGUUUUGUAAAGGGAAGAUGUAUCAUUGAGGAUCUACUGUUAAUUCAAGAGGUGGUAUCAGAUAUAAGACUUAGGGGAAAACCAGCUAAUGUGGUGCUUAAACUGGAUAUGGCUAAGGCCUAUGAUAGAGUGUCCUGGGAUUUUUUGGCAAGAGUUCCGAGGAAGAUGGGAUUUGCAGAAGUAUUUAUAGAUAUGAUAUGGAGAUUGAUAGCAAACAAUUGGCACUCAGUUUUAUUCAAUGGACAGGCUUCUGUUUUUUUCCACUCAACAAAAGGUGUUAAGCAAAGAGAUGCAAUUUCUCAUGCUUUGUUUAUGUUGUCUGCAAAAGUGCUAUCUAGAGCAUCGAACUAUUUAUUUGAGGAGAAUGGCUUUAGAAGCUAUGGAAUGCCUAAAUGGAGUGCUAAUUUGAAUCGUCUUGCUUAUGCAGAUGAUACUAUUAUAUUCUCAUCUGCAGAUGAUACUUCAUUGCAGCUGAUCAUGGGAAUAUUAUAG